ACCCUCCUCCUCCGACUCUUACUGUCUUCAACAAAGCCUGGCAGGCCUCAACACGGUCUUUAUCUCCCGACCCUCGCUCCCUCUCGCAUUCUUCUCCAUAGCCUUAGCAACUACACCCAACCACGCUCGCUAUGAACGGAAAUGCACCGGCGCCUCUUGCGCCCGCAGCACCUACAGCUGCGAAUGGCCAGCCGCCAGUCCGCCGCCGUCGCCCGCGUCCCCAGGCCGACCCUUUAUUAAAACCGCGUCGGCCACUGCAGAACAUCACCCGGCCUCUGGUGUCUCUGACGCAGAUGAACGAGAGCAAGAAGCCCGCGCCCGGCUCGACUGUCAACGACGGCACUCAGACCCAGGACGCGCUGCGGCACGAGUUCCUCGCUCAAGGCGCCCGCGCCUUCCCCUUGGUCGUGACGCGCCGCGACCUGAAAGAGCUGCGACACCACGUCAUGCGUCUACAGAGUAAAGACCGCAUCGACAUCGCAAGCAAGGAGCAGUUCACGGCGCCAAUCCGCCUCCACCGUCGAGACCCCCGUGCGCCGCCAAGUGGAGCAGGCUCCCAUUUCGAAGAGGAGGAAACAAAGGAAGACCUCGAAGAGAUCAAGGAGCGCGAACGCAUCGAGCAGCAGAAAGAAGAGCGCCGCAAGGUUCGCGAAGAGAACCAGGCUAAGAUUGCGCCUACGGGUACAAAGCCAAAUGCUUUCCAGAAGAAGACAGAGCAGAAGUACCGGCCCGAUGAUACACCCGAGGCGAAGAAGCGACAGCUGCUGCGCUACGAAGAGACACUUCCUUGGCAUCUAGAAGAUUUCGAGAACAAGCAGACAUGGGUUGGCACCUACGAAUCCGAGCUUUCCGAGGCUCACGUUAUGCUCUCCACCAGCAACCCCAACGACCCGCACAAUAGUGCCAUCCAGUUAAAACCCUUGGAGCGCUGGUAUAGGUUCAACGUCAAAGGCAAAGUUAAGCCCGCGGGUGAUGAUCUCGACAAGGUCAUGUACAAAGUCGAGAACGUACCUGGAUUCCUCAAGAACAUCGAGAGGCGCGCCGAAAGACGAGAGGCCGAUGCUGAGAAGGCGCGAAACCGCUAUGGGCUGAGCACCCGUGUGGGUGGUGGUGCCGAUGACGAGGGCAGGAUCCGGAGAGUGCGCAACGACGACGAAGGCGGCUAUGUCAAGCGUGAAGCAGAUGCCGACGAUAUUGACUUCAAUCUCGAAGAAGACUUUGCCGACGAUGAAGAAGGUCUCAACGGCCUCUUCGAGGGCGAGGAACAAGACGUCAAGGAAGCUUCUGAAAAGCUAAAGCGAGACCAACUUCAAGCCGCCCUUUGGGAACGCCCAGACGAGCAAGAACUACAGCGGAAAGAAGAGCAGGAGCGCAAAUUAGCUGACGAGUUGAAGGCUAUGGAGAAGAUCACGAGAAAAACACUGGCGAAGCGCGAGAAGCAGUACGACUACCUAGACAGCGACCAGGAGAACCCCUAUUUGACACAAAGUGAAUCCGACACCGACUCCGAAACAGAGAGACAGCGGGCUAAAGAGGAAGAAGAGAAAAAGAAAGCAGCCGAACAGAAUGGCAAAGCCCCCGAUGGCGGUAACGCUCCGUCUGGCACGUCCUCCAAGGGCUCCAACACCCCAUCAGGGAGCCACAAACCCGUUGAUAGCAAGAGCAAGAAACGACCUGGCUCUCCUAACCUCUCAGAAGCUAGUGGCAACGAGUCGUCAAGGAAGAAGCACAAGAAGAACCGCGACAAGCUUGCCGAUGGCUCACGCAAAUCAUCGCUCGCGAACCUCAAGGGUGCUGCAUCUGGUAGUGACAGUGAGAUGACGGAUGCCGGCAAGAUCAAGAGAAAGAAGGAGAGGAAAGACAAGAAUAGGAUUGUUCUUGGCGGAUCUCCCAGCGGCAGCCCUGGCACUAGUCGUGCAGGCAGCCCGACAGCCUCAUCCCAGCUAAAUGGCAGUCGCGCUGGAAGUCCUAGCUCCGCGAGCAAACCUGCCAUUCCCUCCGCUAAAGAGAUCUACGAUUCGCUUCCUCCUCAGGGCAUGAACAUCCAGAAUCUGAUAGCAAAUUUCAAGGGCCGCGUUGACAAGACUAACAGCCAACUGUUCAUCAAGCUUGUCAAGGCUGUCUCCAGCUUUGACAAGCAGAAGAGCUGGUUGACGCCUUUGGAGAAGAUGCCGUCUGAGGAGCAUAUCAGCGCCUUCAUGUCUGCAACGAAUCAGCCCAAGGCCACAUAGAAUGGGCGGUCAUGGGUGUGAGCCAAAUCGAUAAAUUGUGAAUAUCGUGGGGGCAUUUUGGAGUGGCUUCUAGCCUAGGUUAUGUGCAAAUCUUUUAAAGGUCAUCUUCACAGGGGUGCAGGUUUUCUUAUCCCCAUAUUUAUAGAUUAACCUUCCCUCCUGUGUAGUGGAAGACAUGCGGUUCUGGAACAAUCUGGAUUCAUGAACGUCGCAUACCCAAAUAUUUUCCUGUAAAAAGAACUACCUUUGCCCAGUAAUGAUCAAGCGGCCUUUGCACAUAAUCUAGUCGACACUAAAUUAAGGACUGCAGACAACUAAGGUUGAGAUUUCACUUUUGUGGGGGUCUUAAUAGCGCACCUUUAACUGGUGACAUUAUCUUCUAUGUUAUUGACUAGUAUUGUAACUAAUGAAUUAAUUCGCCUCGUCGCUAUAGCUGCGCGAUACUUUAACCCUAGCUAGUAAGUUGACAAAUUGGAUAGAAAGGCA